AUCUUUUCCAAAGUAAUUGAAUCUGCUUUGUGAAAUGUGUUCUGAUAUCUGUCUCUCUCUCUUUUUUUUUAGAUUAUCCUGAAUACUACAUGUCUAACAAUUUUCCUUGCAACGUUAACUGUUGUUUUUCGCUGCCUCUGAAAGAUCAAAAUUGCUCCAGAAAUUGGAGACAUAUUUGAUUUAAAAGAAAUAACCUUAACAAAUGGACAAUAUGUCUAUUACGAAUACACCAACAAGUAAUGAUGCCUGUCUGAGCAUUGUACAUAGUUUGAUGUGCCAUAGACAAGGUGGAGAGAGUGAAACAUUUGCCAAAAGAGCAAUUGAAAGUUUGGUAAAAAAGCUGAAGGAGAAAAAAGAUGAAUUGGAUUCUUUAAUAACAGCUAUAACUACAAAUGGAGCUCACCCUAGCAAAUGUGUUACCAUACAGAGAACAUUGGAUGGAAGGCUUCAGGUGGCUGGUCGGAAGGGAUUUCCUCAUGUGAUCUAUGCCCGUCUCUGGAGGUGGCCUGACCUUCACAAAAAUGAACUAAAACAUGUUAAAUAUUGUCAGUAUGCAUUUGACUUAAAAUGUGAUAGUGUCUGUGUGAAUCCAUAUCACUAUGAACGAGUUGUAUCACCUGGAAUUGAUCUCUCAGGAUUAACACUGCAGAGUAAUGCUCCACCAAGUAUGUUGGUGAAGGAUGAAUAUGUUCAUGACUUUGAGGGACAGCCAUCAUUAUCCACUGAAGGGCAUUCAAUUCAAACCAUCCAGCAUCCACCAAGUAAUCGUGCAUCGACGGAGACAUACAGCACCCCAGCUCUCUUAGCUCCAUCUGAGUCUAAUGCUACCAGCACCACCAAUUUUCCCAACAUUCCUGUGGCUUCCACAAGUCAGCCCGCCAGUAUACUGGCAGGCAGCCAUAGUGAAGGAUUGUUGCAGAUAGCUUCAGGGCCUCAGCCAGGACAGCAGCAGAAUGGAUUUACUGGUCAGCCAGCUACUUAUCAUCAUAACAGCACUACCACCUGGACGGGAAGUAGGACCGCACCAUACACACCUAAUUUGCCUCACCACCAAAACGGCCAUCUUCAGCACCACCCGCCUAUGCCGCCCCACCCCGGACAUUACUGGCCACCAGUUCACAAUGAGCUUGCAUUCCAGCCUCCCAUUUCUAAUCAUCCUG